UCCUUCGGUUGAUUGGUCGAGACGGUGGUGUAAAAAAUGAUCCCGUGUGCGGCACAAAGAACGGCGCCCCUGUUAAUUACAGUAAAAUGGCGCUGUCGUCUGCAGGAGGAACAAAGAAGAAAGUUUGCUAUUAUUAUGAUGGCGACGUAGGUAAUUAUUACUAUGGCCAGGGACAUCCCAUGAAACCCCACAGGAUCCGUAUGACCCACAACCUCCUGCUCAACUAUGGACUGUACAGGAAGAUGGAGAUAUAUAGACCUCACAAGGCCAGUGGAGAGGAGAUGACCAAGUACCACAGUGACGACUACAUCAAGUUCUUGCGUUCCAUCCGGCCAGACAACAUGUCAGAGCACAGCAAGCAGAUGCAGAGAUUUAAUGUGGGAGAGGACUGCCCAGUGUUUGACGGCCUGUUUGAGUUCUGUCAGCUCUCAACGGGAGGCUCUGUCGCGGGGGCAGUGAAGCUGAACAAGCAGCAGACGGACAUCGCCAUCAACUGGGCCGGAGGACUCCAUCAUGCCAAGAAGUCUGAGGCCUCUGGGUUCUGCUACGUCAACGACAUCGUCCUCCCCUCUGUUGUCUGUCCUGUCAGGUACCACCAGAGGGUCUUGUACAUAGACAUCGACAUUCACCAUGGAGACGGAGUGGAAGAGGCUUUCUUCACCACAGACCGGGUCAUGACGGUGUCCUUCCACAAGUAUGGAGAAUACUUCCCUGGUACCGGAGACCUGAGGGACAUUGGAGCAGGGAAGGGGAAGUACUACGCUGUAAACUACCCUCUCAGAGACGGCAUCGACGAUGAGUCUUACGAAGCCAUCUUCAAACCUGUGAUGGCUAAAGUGAUGGAGAUGUUCCAGCCCAGUGCAGUCGUGUUACAGUGUGGAGCCGACUCUCUCUCAGGAGACAGACUGGGCUGUUUCAACCUCACCAUCAAAGGUCAUGCUAAGUGUGUUGAGUCCAUGAAGAGUUUCAACCUGCCUCUGUUGAUGUUGGGAGGUGGAGGUUAUACCAUCCGUCGUGGCUUCUGCUGGACAGCCAGGCUGUGGCUCUGGACAGCAUCUUCCAGCCAGCCAGAGCUGCCUUACAACGAUUACUUUGAAUACUUUGGUCCUGACUUCAAGCUCCACAUCAGCCCGUCUAACAUGACCAACCAGAACACCAAUGAUUACCUGGAGAAGAUCAAACAGAGGCUGUUUGAGAACCUGCGCAUGCUGCCCCACGCCCCGGGGGUUCAGAUGCAGGCCAUCCCAGAAGACGCUCCACACCCCGACUCUGGAGAUGAGGAGGACGAGAGCCCUGACAAACGCAUCUCCAUUCGGGCCCAUGAUAAGAGGAUAGCCUGUGAAGAGGAGUUCUCCGACUCUGAGGAUGAGGGACAGGGAGGAGGGGGAAGGAGGAACGCUGCCAACCACAAGAAGACCAAACGAGUCAAGACUGAGGAGGAGAAAGAGAAGGAGGCAGAGGAGAAGAAAGAUGUGAAAGAGGAGAAAGAGACAGAGGAGAAGAUGGACACAACAGGGCCAACAGAAGAAACGAAGACGUCCUGAAGUGGGGAGCAGCAGAUAAACAGGGGCUUCCAGUUGUGAAUCUAAUCCAUCGAAAAUGGACU